CACGCGCCAUUGAGCGGCAAGGUUUUUCCUCUGUAAGUUUGUCGUGACCCGGGAGGAAUUAACCUUAAUAUUUACGUAAAAUCAAUAUUAUUUUUAUAUAUUAAUAAUUGGGGAAAUUCAACAUUAAAUCACACUUUAACGAGGAACAGUCGAAUCAUAUCUGAGAGUGCAUGUGUUCAUUUUAGUCCUAUAUAACCGGACCCUUGCUUACGCGACAGCCUUUGUCUCGGAUUGAAAAAAAGAUGUUCCAUGAUGUUCAACUUUUAUCAUCUAUUGACUGAAUUUUUGUGUAUUUCCUGACAGUUUCUAAAUUUGAUAUACAUAGAGCGUAGAAGCGACAAGUAUAAACUUGAAAACACCCUUGUUAAGAGGUGAGAUCAGCUGAUGGACAAAAGAAGAUUGGCGGCUCAUCCAGUGAAGAAACCACGAAUUGAACAAACUAUGGCAAUCCGAGGACCUAUCCCAAAUGGACCUAUGCAUCCACGCCCAUUAGUGGCACUUUUAGAUGGUAGGGACUGUUCGAUAGAAAUGCCAAUAUUAAAAGAUGUGGCAACAGUAGCAUUUUGUGAUGCUCAAUCUACGACAGAAAUUCACGAAAAGGUAUUAAAUGAAGCAGUAGGAGCAUUAAUGUGGCAUACAAUAACUCUAACAAAAGAAGAUUUGGAUAAGUUUAAAAGUUUACGUGUUAUAGUGCGGAUUGGUAGUGGUUUUGAUAAUGUUGAUAUAAAAGCUGCAGCAGAAUUAGGGAUUGCUGUAUGUAAUGUUCCUGGCUAUGGUGUAGAGGAGGUAGCCGAUUCCACAAUGUGUCUUAUACUUAAUUUAUAUCGUCGCACAUAUUGGCUUGCCAAUAUGGUGCGUGAUGGCAAGAAAAUAAAUGGGCCAGAGAAUUUGCGUGAAGCUGCACAGGGCUCCGCUCGUAUUAGGGGAGAUACUUUAGGUAUUGUUGGUUUAGGUCGAGUAGGAACAGCUGUUGCAAUCAGAGCCAAAGUAUUUGGGUUUAAUGUUAUAUUUUAUGACCCCUACCUCGCGGAUGGUGUUGAAAAAUCUCUCGGUAUUACACGUGUUUACACAUUACAGGAACUAUUGUUUCAGAGUGAUUGUGUUUCAUUACAUUGUAAACUUAAUGAACAUAAUCAUCAUCUAAUUAAUGACUACACAAUCAAACAGAUGAGGCCAGGUGCAUUUUUAAUCAACACUGCAAGAGGUGGUCUAGUUGAUGAACAUGCAUUGGCAGCGGCAUUGAAAGAUGGACGUAUUAGAGCUUGUGCAUUAGAUGUUUUAGAGAAUGAACCGUUUAAUCUUGCAUCAAGUACGUGCAACUUGAACCUACCGUACAUUGAAGGUCCAUUGAAAGAUUGUCCGAACAUGAUCUGUACACCUCAUUCAGCGUUUUAUAGUGAGCAAAGUGUAACAGAACUAAGAGAAAUGGCAGCCGGUGAAAUCAGGAGAGCUAUAUUAGGACGUAUACCUGAAAAUCUACGUAACUGUGUUAAUAAAGAGUAUUUUACACAAACCGCCGGUGGAGUGAGGUUUCCUUUCCCGCAGGCACCAUUUCCAGACAGUAUGAACGGGGCUGGUUACGGAGCUUUUAAUCCAGCAGCGGCAGCGGCUAUGGGUGUUCAUUCUACUACUGUGGAACAACAUCCAGCUGUUUCUCACAGUACACCUCAUACUACAGCUCAUAGCACCCUGGCCGAUUCCGGUAAUCAUAUGCCCAAAGCCGAGAGCUCGGAAGUCCAUUAAUUUCCUAGUUUGGUGUUAUUCAGUAACGUGAUGUCAUAGAUAUGAUAAUGAAAUUAUGGAAGAGCAUGGAAAGUGAGAUAAAAUAACAUAAAAAUACAAUAAAAUACAGUGAAGGUACAUGUGCUAAUUACUAUGGAGGCUACAAGUUCAGUAAUUGUGGUAUUCAUAAACUAAAUAAAUUAGCUCACAUCUUUGCAUAAAAUUUAAUGUAAGAUGGUUAGUUGCACCUAUUAAACGAGAUCGAAGGAAUUGAAAGGAAAUUCAUGGCAGUCAAUAAUUUCCUUGUAUAAAGUUAUGAAUGAUUGAGUGAACUAUUUUUAGUAUGAAUGCCCCCCAGAACGAAGAGACAGUACAGAGAAGGAGAACUAUAUUCCCUCCAAAGAGAGGAACGGUGGAUGCAACGUUUCCGAUCAUCGUAAAUUGUCGUAUACAUAUAAGUGUAUGUCCAUUUUCUUUUGAAAAAAAUUACUGCAUGAGGAUUUCUUAUAUCCAAUUCUUUUUAUAUGCCCACAUUGAAAUGUUGUUGUAUAUUGUCAUCACCACUGUCUGUUGGUCUGCUCUGGAGGGUAAUGUUAUGAUUGAAAUUUAUACACAUAGUUUAUGUCAAGGAUGUGAAGUAGUCUCUUGAUUUUCAACUAUUUUCCAAUAAGUGGUUAAUAUUUAGAGCCCUUGAUCACUUUGAAAAAUCUUGUGAACACUUGAGUGGCUUAAAGUUAUCCUAUAAAUUUAAAAGUCAUGAUAUGAUGUUUAUCUUCAUGGGACGAAAGCCUACUAAUUUUCAUUAAUGAUUACUUACAAUUAUUACCCUUGAUCAAGCUGAAAAUCAGGUCAGCACUUUAGGAGCUGAAUUAUCCUCCGAGUUCCACUAUUUCUAUGGGCUGCUCAGAUGACUUAGCUGCUGCGGGAUAUAUUUCAUUGCCUAGCAACUUUGGUUUUUGAAGAUCGAAAAGUGCUGGGAGAUAUAAUGCUACAGCUGUUCAAUGAUUUGCAACAAAAACUAUUUUCAGAAGAAUCUAAAUAUUUUUGUGGUCAGGUCUGUAAGUGAUGUAACAUAAACUCAUUUAUAUUAACUUUUCAUAUAUCUGAAUUCUCUAUUGCAUUUACUCUACUUGAAACAUUUCUGUAGGGAUAUGUCUUGUAAUAUGCCAGUGAAACUUGUUUUAUUAAGGAUUCGUAUAUAUGUAUAAUAUAUUAUAAUGCAUGGUUACUAUAUACUGUUAUCACGCCUUUGUACUUGUUAUUACUAUCAUUUCAUUGGAAUUAUCAAAUUUAUAUCCAUGUCUUAAAAAAAAAAAAAGAAGUAAUGCCAUAAUCAUUUUAAUACAUUAAAUAUCGUAUCAAACUGAUCAUGUCAACUCAUUCAUUUGUCAAAUACAAGAAAUAUUUGUGGUUAUAACUAAUCCCACCUCCUAAUAUUCUAUGUAAGUGCUUGAUUAAUGAAAAUUAAAUAGCAAAACCAAAGAGAAUUCUGUUGAAUAUUUUUAUAAACUGUCUUGUUCAUGUUUCUGUAUCAAUAUGCUAAUUAUAUACAAUGCUUUUACCAAGUCCUACUUUAUUUAUGGUUGGAUUGUCAGUUAACAGAACAUGGUCAUAGUACCGGUACAUCCAAUUCUUGCCUGAAUCGGAUAUUUCAAGACAUGGAAAUGUAAACUCCCAGAAUUUGCAAAUUUGUUUUGAAUAAGUAAAGAGAAUUGUGUAUCUUCCAUAUACUAAUAAACCUAUGUUGUGAGUUGCAUACUUUUUAAAGGAUAUAUAGCUCUUUGUGUUGGAUAAUAUUUUCUUUUCUUUUUUUUUUUUUCAAUGUAAUCAUGUGUAAUUUCAAACAGUAUUUUGUUACGCCUCAAACAUCAGUCAUCUAUUGUUAAUUCUACAAUUUUUUUUAAUUGUCUUACAUUGUAAAUUAGGACUGAAUCAUAUGUUGAUUCUUAUAAAAAUUGUAAUUUUUCAGCAGUAGAGGACAAUACAUUGUCUUUUUUUUUUCAAAAAAAAAGGGGUGAACUUGAUUCUGAUAUGUUACCUGUGCGCAUAAAUAAAGCAGUCUGAUCAACUUGCACAAGCAGCACUUCAAAAUCAAGUUAACUCUUUAUCUGUCAGCUAUUGUAUGUAUAUAUAUAUAUCAAUGUUUUUUUUUGUGGCACAUCAGUUUAUAACUCCAUUGUAAGUAUCAUAAUCAUGUGUAAAAAGUGUAUAGCGAGAUGUUUACAAGGCAUUAUUGUUAAUUUUCUUUUGGACUUAUUUGUAAAUUUAAUUUGGUCUAUGCAUAUUUGUAUUGUGUAAGCUUCUUCAUACUAUCAUACAUAUAAAAAAGUUCAUUAUUAAACUGACAGGGUUGACGUAAAAUAAAGGAAUGGGUGAUCAAGUCUCUUAUAAAACUCAUCGUCCAGUUAUAAAUUUAUGAAUCUACUACAAAAUUUUGUGCUAUAAAUAAUUUGUGGCCUUUUCUUUAACAAACUUUUACAUCAAUCCUGUUCAGUGUGCUUUAACUGGUUUCUUAUAGUGCGAUUUAUUUUAUUUUUUUCCUAUUUCAUUCAUGUUAGCCAUAAAGUGAUUGCGUGGACACCUUUUUUUUUUAUCAAAUAAAAAGUUUCUCUGAUUAUGGCCUUAGUUUAGAUGGUAGAGAGUAGACUUCACUUUGUGUUAUAGUAUACAGACUAUGAUCGGACUGGAUCUUCCACAAUAAUUUUAUGAAUAAAAAUGAUGAAAUUUUCUCUAAAUGUUUUAUCUGGUCACAUGCUGCAUGAGCAAAGAAUUUUAUCAAUGUCUAUAUAUGUUAUACACAUGAACUUAAUUUAUCUCUGGCUUGAAAAGGGGUAGUCCUUUUGGAAAACUAACCGAUAACAUGGAAAAUAAUUGAAAAUCGAUUUUACCCCGAAAAAAACUUGAAUUGUGGAUUUAAGUUAAAAUGAAAAGUAAUAGCCCUAUUUUACCAUAUCUGAUUGCCAAAAUUGCUUGGGAUUAAAGGUCACCGGAAAAGGUUCAUAAGUUUUUUAAAUAAUGCAAGUAAUUAUGUCAACAUAUCCUUUCCAUAAGUAUAACACGAACCUAAAUGUCAAUAUUACAAGCAACAGGUAAAUUUCAACAUUAGUAAUUUCCGCCAUUCUUCGUGGGUAGUCGUAACUUUCCGUAAAUAAACGUCAUGUUAGUCCUUAUGCUUAUAUUCUAGUCUAUAUUUCUAUGUGCAGAAGGACUAAAAUGACGUCACGGAUUGCUUAUUGACAGAAAGUUCAGACUACCCACGGAGAACGGCGGAAAUUACUAAUGUUGAAAUUUAACUGUUGCAGGUAAUAUUGAAUGACCGAAUGGUUAGCCUGUGCACAUUGUAUCAUAAGGUCUGACAUUGAGUCCACUGCCGUGUUUUGAUCUCCCGGUUGUAGGAGUGGGUUUUCUCCUGUUCCCUCCCACUGCUAAAUACCCAUACGCACAAGCAAAUUAUUGAAAUAAAAUUGAUGCAUAUGUUAGUCCCAAAAUGACCUAGUUUGUGUCGAGUGGGCGUUAAACCCCACUUUUCUCUUAAAUCUUGUGCCCUAAAAACUGGGCAAAUCUCAAUACCUGCUUUUCAAUGAUGGCAGCAAUAUAAUGUGUAAAUUUGUUUCAAAAUAUUACCAUAAUCGGGACUAACCAGACACUGAUUGAUGCACAUGGACUCCCGGGGAAUAGGCUUUGCUGUCUUCAUAUUAAAUUGGAAGAACAUUUUCUAUGGCAAUAUUAUUAAAUUUGCCCCUAUUCACAUUAGAAUUUCUGACAGGCUUAUUAACCUGGUUUGUGUGUAGGACUGUGUUACAACAUAAGCUUAGCCGGAAGAAUUCUUUAAUACACACCUAGGACUAUGGAAAGGGACGGGGUUGAGUGGGGUGGUUUUAGUGCCCCCUAUCCAACUCUAAUGUUUUUAAUGUUAAAUGAAUAAAACACAAACAUUGUUGCAUUCUUCAGGUGAUAUUUACUAAGACUGAAACCAAACAUAACACGAUUUAUGUGGGAUAGAGAGAGAAAUGGGGUUUAACGUCCACUCGACACAAACUAGGUCAUUUCGGGACUAACAUAUGGUUUUAAUUUUAUUUACAUAAUUCGCUUGCGCGUAGGGGUCUUUAGCAGUGGGAGGAAACCAGAGGACCCGGAGAAAACCCACGAGGUUGGACAGGCGACCCUACUCCUUGCCACGUACAACCGGGGAUUCGAAACCACGCCAGUCGACUCAAUGACAGACUUUAUGAUACAGCGCGCGCACGCUAACCAUUCAGCCAUCCGACCCCCCAAUCACAGUAGGACAUUAAACCCCAUUUCAUCUGUUUGAUGUGUAAAUAAUGAUAAAACAAAUUUAGUUUAUAGUUGAUUUUAUUAUAAGAAAUGUCUCAAUAAAUCUUUCAUUGGCUUAGGUUUUUGAAAUUUUACUGUCAAAACCCCCAAGUUAUCAUACAUAGCCAUUUCUAUGUUUUUCUAGAUAUAAAAUUUCAAACUGAUAAAAUUAGUCUUAGUAUCAGAUUGCCAUCUUUAUUAUAUAAGAGAGUCUCUUCAUUAAAGCCUGUCCAAAUAAAAGAUAAAUUUACUUCAGUACAUGAUUUAUCCACAGCUAUUUACAAGUACAUCAAUUAAUUCUGAUCCAGAUGACCAAUAAUAUUGAUGUACAUUCAUUGCUAGACUUUACAUUAGACUUAUACUGUAUAAAAUAAUCCAAUUGCAAUACCAGAUCUUCCUUAAUGCAAAUACAUAUUCCAGAUACAGCAUUCUAUUUUAGUCACAGAGAUUUAAUUUUAGUCAAUAGUUAGAGAGACCAGAUGGUCUUUAUUUCUUUGAUUUCAUCUUUUUGAACCGUACACUAUACACUAAUUAUUUAGUGUACUUCUUUAAAAUUAUUUUACUAAAAUCAGAUUGUAUACAAUCUGUAAUGAAUUUUAAAAUUUAAAUAAAGUAAAUCGGCCCAGGAGUCGCCAAUAAAAAUGCAUUUAUAUACAAGUGUGCCCUAUCAUUAUUCUGGAUCUUUUGAAAUUGUAACACCAUUAUCCUUGUGCUAUUAUAACACUUUCAGUUAUUAGAUCGCUAUGUACAUGCAGAAGCCAAAUUUUAAAAAUAUGUGAAUCUAUUUAGAUCUCCCUUAAAUUCCUGUUAAAAUAUUUGUCAGAAAACUGACUCUUUUUCCCAUUGGGUUUGCAAUGCUACAAAUAUUGACAGGCCAAGGAAAAAGUCAUCAUAUCCCUAUAAAUACACAUGGCAUCAUGUUGAAGAAACUUUGAUAAGCCAUGAUAGAUUAAUUAUCAUCUCCAUAUUUAGACUUGAUGGUUUCCUUUGUAUUUGGUUUUCUAGUUGUUAUUUAUCCCCACUCCACUCUAUGAUUAGGAAUCAGGAUUUUGAUUCUUCUGUUUUUAGUGUUGUCAUAGUUACUGAUGCAUCUAUCAAACUAUUAUUGUUUACUAUUUCUACAUUAGUAUUGUCAUGAGAUGAAUCUGCUGCAGUAAUUUGUGUAUCUUUUGUUGGGUUUAUAUUUUCCAUGUCUAAAGAACUACUGGAUACAAUAUUCUCUACAGUUUCAGUUUGUUUAGAGCAAUCUUUAGAAGAAACUGGAGUUGUUGUUUCCACAUCUGUUGUUUGGUUCGUAUUGUUUGAUGAAUUAUCUGAUUUACAUGAAGCUGAUGCUGCCUGUUUUUUUUAAAAAAAUAAAUUAUAAUACUAUGUAAAUCAUCCUAUCUCAGAUAUAAACAGGGGUUUAACUGCUUUAUUUCUUCUCCCUUUAGAGAGGACAUAGUAUUUAUAUCAUCAUAACUAUUCAUUUGUGUCUCUUGACGAUUAAAUAUUCUACAUUUUUAA